AUGGGAAUCCUCUAUUCUUCGAACGAAGAGCAUACCAAGUAUUUCCACCAUGGCUACCUGAUGAACACUAACAUAAGGGUCCAGGAGGACUUGGAGUUGUAUUCAUGCAAGUUCUUGCGCAAGGGGGAGAACAGAAUCGUCCGCAAGCUACGUAGGGAAGUGUUGUACGGAGCAACCUUCGACUACCUGUGCAAGCUCAGGAUGCUCACCUAUGACACCAAGAGAAGCAUGCCGCCCUACUUGCUUAAGGUUUACAACAUGUACGAGGACGCGAACAGUGUGCACGUCGUGAUGGAGAGUUGCACCGGAGGAUUCCUGACGGACCAUCUCCUGAACGGCAAUAUCAUCAGCGAGCGCCUCCUGGCGGAGUGGUUCUCCCAAAUAAUAAUGGCCAUGUCCUUCUUGGAGGAACAAAAUAUUUACCACGGAAAUCUUAAUGGCUACUGUAUCUAUUUGAAGGACCAGAAAAGAGACGAAGUGAGAGUGAGUCUCUUAAGCAAAAAUAAAAAAUACGACAACAUAGACAACAAAGGAGAUUUGUAUGGAUUAUUUUUCAUCAGAUCUCUACAGGAAAUCAAAAAAUUAAGUCACGACAAGAAUAAUACGUGGUACAUUGGUCUCCUUCUCUACUUUAUGUUGACCGGUUCGUUUCCAUUCCUUAGCAAAGACGCUUUGCAAACAUAUUCAAAAAUUGCACACGAAGAAAUUUCCUUGGCCGAUUUGAAAACACAGUAUAGAAAACUGGAAAGUCCAAUUUUCGACUUUAUAAAGCAGUGCCUGGAGAAGGACUACGACAUGCGCCCAUCUCUCCGCCAGCUUGCGCAGCAUCCAUGGAUACGGGAUCGGGAUCAUCUCCCCCACUACAACAUCGUCGAAGAGAAGACGCGCAGGGAGGCCAGAGAGCUAAUCUACUUCCUAGAAAACCGUGUCCUCAAAACGGACGAGGACUACGAGCAGGACGAGAUGAAUAAGAGCUGGUGA